CCUAACAACUAAGCUUAAAAGAACCAAUUAUCUUCCUCUUCCUCUUCCUUCUCCUCGUCUUCAACUAAUGGCUGAUCACAAGAACACUUCUUUCGAGGAAAAAUCUUUCACAAGCUUAACCAAUUGCUUAAAAAGUUCAUUAGUAAUGGAUUAUAACUCACUAGAAAAAGUCUUCAAUAAUAGUUCCCCUUUCCAACCGAUUUCACCGUCCAGUAUGGGACAAAUAGCGAAUUACCCUUACUUAAACCUCAAUCCGUAUUCUCCAAUAGUCUCUUCUUCCUCCAAUGAAGCCGACCCUAAAGAAAGCCUCGGAGAUAAGAUCUCAAUGGAGGAUCAUGACGGAGACCAACGUGGUGUUGGUGAAAGCUCCAAGCAGUUUAUGGUUAGGACAAAACAAGGUAAAGGAAAAGGAGAGAAGAAGGAAAGAGAAGCUAGGGUUGCUUUUAUGACCAAAAGCGACAUUGAUCAUCUUGAAGAUGGUUAUAGAUGGAGAAAAUACGGACAAAAAGCCGUCAAGGACAGCCCUUAUCCAAGGAGUUACUAUAGGUGCACAACGCAAAAAUGUAACGUGAAGAAACGCUUAGAGAGAUCGUCUCAAGAUCCCUCGAUCGUAAUCACAACCUACGAAGGCAAACACAACCAUCCGAUCCCGUCGGGUUUGAGAGGUCCUGUCAUCGCGGAACAUCUAUUAGGUAACCGUGAAAAUGGUCUGCUCCAUAGCUUCCCACGUCACCAUCGAGAGUUUCUUAUGAUGAAUCAUUCUCCGGUCAAUUAUCAGUCGGUGGGAUCUGUACCGUACGAACAUAGUCGUCCUAACUCUAGUAAUCUACGUGAAGUUGUUGACUAUGGUCUUCUUCAAGACAUUGUUCCUUCAAUGCUUUUGAAGCACGAAUCUUGAAAGAGAGAGAGAGAGAGAGAUAUCGAAAUACUUAUUUAGGUCAUAUAUAUGGGUAUAUGAUGCAUUUAUGAAUACAUUUAUAUAAGUAGAUAUAUUUACUAUACAUGUAUGUGUAUAUAUUUCACAGACAAGA